AUGGCAACCAAGCGCGCCUGUCCCGAGGCCGCGACCGUGCUGAGCCUCCCGCAUGUCCUGACCUCGAUCGUCCAGUGCCUCCAGUCGCCGCGCGAUGCUCUCGUCUUUUUGUCGGCGCUGCCAUUGACGUCGCUGGACGCGCCACUGGCAGCCACCAAGGAGCUCCUGACGCGACCUGGUCGGUUCGUCCACACGUGGCCUCACCUUAGCCUCGACGAACUCGAUAGCGAGAAAGCAGCGCUUGCCCUUGCGGCGCUGCCGGCUCUAGUCUCGUUGUGUAAGCCUGCCGCUGAGCGCGUGGAUUGGUCGCCAUCGACAACCGUCGCAACAAUGAGCUUCGUCGACUUUAUCUCGUCGUGGCCGCUCAAGAUGACGUACUUUGAGUCGAUGUGGUUUGACGACUUUGACACCGACGUCGUUUGCAGCUUGUUGCGUCGCUGCACGCGCCUACAAGCCGUCCGUAUAUCUCGGGACGAAGAUAUCGUCGACCUGCUCGCCGCCGUGACGACGCCAGCCCAUCGAGUGGAGAAGCUGUCUCUCUUUUACACCGACGAAGCUACCAUGGACUGGACGUCGCUGCUGCGGCCAUGGCUGUCGAGUGGCCACGCGCGACAUCUCUCGUUCGAAACCGCCCGGGCCACCGAUGUGGUGGGACUAGCCCGUGCACUCGCAACCACGUCGUCGCUGACAAGCUUGGACAUCUGCAACAACGACGAUUUGGUCCAAGCAUUUUUGACGCUGCAGUUGCCCUUGCACCAGCUCAUGAAGGUGCACCUCGUGGAAGUCGAGCCCGAGCGCGCCCGUCGCUUCUUGCGACUUUGUGAUGUGGCCAAGCUCACGUCACUAGAGAUCGUGGGUGAAGGCGACCAUGAAGACACCCUCGCGCUCGUACCACGCAUGCCAGCGCUUCGCCACCUCUCGUUGCGUUGGGGUGAACUCCGGUUGACUCAUAACGCUACGUCGCGAUGGCCGCACCUCGAGAGCCUCGAGCUCUGUGCAGUUCACUUUGACGACAAGGCAUUUGAUACCGUGCUCGCGUACCUAGAGCGCGUGCAAGGCCUCCAGAAGAUCAUGUUCAACGUCUGCCAUUCGCUUGAAACCCGUUUCCUCGACCUCAGUCGCACGCUCGUUCGCUUGAUCAACAACGGCCUCACGCGCGCAUGCCUUUCUGGGGCGAACCUUGACGACACCAGCGCCGCGCUCCUCGCGCUGACGCUGCGCCAAUGUCGCAACGUGUCGCCCGUCACGUUUGACCUCGGCGACAAUGACUUUUCGAUGGACGGCGUUCGCGUGCUGCUCGAAGCCCUCGCUACGUGUACGUGCGUAUGCGUCCGCCUUACGCUGCCAAUGACAUUCCACGGAGAAGAAGAUCGCCAAGAAGACGAAGUUCGACGAUUUCUUGCAACCCAUAAGAUGACGUGCGACGUCGAUGAAAUGACGUGGGACGACGAUGACGACGCGCUUUGGACGCUCUAUAGUCCUAGUACGCAUGGGACAUGA